ACUCGUUCCUUCGGUCGUUCGAUGGGUUCGGCUGUCGAAAGUUGUGGCAGGUUGUGGUUUGAGGUUGAAGUGGGCAGUGGAUUUUAGAAUGCUGUAGGUUUUGAGCGCUGUCUUUAUGCCCUUAGCAGUGCUAACCCAACUUUUUAAGUGUUCUCAUUCGCAUAGUGGUGACAAAAUCGAAAUGGCGGUAAAUGUUUUCGUUCGCAUCUUCCCAAAGGCGGUAAAAGAACCGCAGUGACAAACUCUGUAAAGUGCCUGCCAAUGAAGCCACUGCACACAUCAUGGAAGCAACGCAAGUCGACCACCCGUGCUGCCGUGUCGACACCACCUCGAAAGACUUCAGCAUCUCAGAUCAAAACGCGCCUGCGCAAGCAUGCCACAUCAACACCCUGUCGGGCAGCACCCCUCGAGUCUGGCCUGUCGCCUAUCACACAUGCAUUAUCAUCUGCAGCAUCCAGAGAAGCGGAAGGUGAAGACCCCCUGGACCUCGGUCAAUGGGGCCUUCCAGCCGAGGUGGUGGCUGGUUAUGCCCGCAGGGGCGUCCAGCGCAUGUUUCCCUGGCAGCUCAAGUGUUUGCGCACAGGAAAUGUGCUUGCUGGUGCUGGAAACCUCGUCUACUCUGCUCCGACAAGUGCUGGCAAGACGCUGGUGGCCGAAAUCUUGAUGCUGAAGCGCAUCCUCGAAACAAGGACCAAGGCCUUCCUCGUGCUCCCAUUCGUGUCGCUCGCCCGUGAGAAGGAGCUAGUGCUGGCCGAGCUGUUCGGAGGUUGUGGUGUGCGUGUGGGCGGCUUCCUAGGCCAGCGGAGACCACCGGGGGGCCUCUCUGCUGUGGACCUGGCAGUGUGCACCAUAGAGCGUGCAAACAACCUGCUCAAUGGGAUGCUGCUUGACCAGGGGACCCUGGGGGAGUUGGGGAUCCUCGUGGUUGAUGAACUCCACCUGGUUGGCGAUGCUCAUCGAGGAUAUCUGCUUGAACUGAUGCUUACAAAGGUAGCCUAUGCACAGAAGAGAGGCCUGGUGGGACCACGGGGCAUUCAAGUGGUGGCCAUGAGUGCCACCCUUGCCAACCUGUCUGCCCUGGCAAAGUGGCUCAGUGCUGACCUCUACCAGACUGACUUUCGACCUGUGCCUUUGCGACAGCUGUUCAAGCUGGGCCAGCAUUUGUGCGAAGGUCCUGACCUGCGACCUGUCCGGCGUCUGCCAGCCAGUUCAUCAGAUGACCCAGAGGGCCUCCUCGCAUUGUGCCUGGAGACUUGGGCCGAAGGGCACGCACUGCUGGUCUUCUGCCCGACACGGCGCUGGUGCGAAGCAUUGGCAGCCUCGCUGGCACGCACCGUGCAGCAGCUCGUCGCCGGCACUCGCAACCCAGGUGACCCACGGCAGGAACUGACCGAAAAGCUGCAAUCUCAAACAUGCGCGGCAACGGGUCAGCGUCUGCUAGAGCAGCUGCGGUCCACACCAGGAGCGAUGGAUCCCGCUCUGGCCUCGUGCCUCUCUGUGCAAGUGGCAUUCCACCAUGCGGGUCUGACAAUGGAGGAGCGUGACCUGCUGGAGUCAGCAUUUCGGGAAGGCGCCAUUCGCGCUCUAAUAGCCACUACAACUCUUUCGUCUGGGGUGAAUCUUCCAGCACGGCGGGUCAUCAUCCGGUCGGCCAACUUCCAGGGGCGCCCCAUCGACUCCCUCUCCUACCACCAAAUGGUGGGGCGCGCGGGACGUAUGGGCCUCGACACACAGGGCGAGAGCAUCCUGAUGUGCCGUGACGUGGAUCGACCUCUGGCACGGCGACUGAGUAGUGCAGAAGCGCAGCCCAUCACUUCCUGCCUGUCGGGCAGCAGCACCAGCUUGCGCAGGGCAUUGCUGGAGGUGGUGGCCAGUGGUGUGGCAAACAAGCCAGAGGAACUCUGCGUCUACACUCAGUGCACUCUGCACCACCAACUUUGCGCUCAUGAUGGAGCAAAAGAAGAUCUCGAUGGGGCACUCCAGUUUUUGGUCGACCACCAGCUUGUCCACCUCCAGGGGGAAGGCGGGGAUCUACGCUACCGUCCCAGCCAGCUGGGUCGUGCCGUGCUCGCAUCGGGACUUUCACCCGAUGACGCGCUGGCCAUGGUUGGUGAGCUGGAGCGUGCCCGGCGCUGCCUGGCCCUCGACAGUGACUUGCACCUGGUGUACCUGGUCACACCUGGACACCUUGGUACACAGCUAGGCUCGCUGGACUGGGGCCGCUACCAGGAACUGUGGGAGCGGCUGUCGGCCGCACAACGCCGAGUCGCGGGCCUGGUGGGUGUCGACGAAGCGUGCAUAGCGCGGGCGGCCGCUGGUCGAGCGCCACCCCCUGGUGGCCUCCUGAACGGGUGCCGCCGCUUUUACCUGGCACUUGCCCUGGAGCGACUGGCCUCCGAACGCCCCCUGGCGGAGGUGGCACGCAUGUUCGCUUGCCCUCGUGGCCUGCUCCAGUCGCUACAGCAAGGAGCCGCCACCUUUGCCGGCAUGGUGUGCGUGCUGUGCCAGCGACUGGGAUGGCGCCACCUGCAACUGCUGGUGUCUGAGUUCCAGGCACGGCUGCACUUCGGCGUCCAGCCCGAGCUGUGCCCGUUGCUGGCCCUGCCUAGCCUCGAUGGCCCACUGGCACGCGUAGUCUUUGACGCGGGCUUUGCCGAUCCCGCUGCCCUCGCCCAGGUGGCGCCCCAGGAGCUUGACAUCACGUUGCGCAACGCGGGACCUUUCCAGGGCAGGGGGGAGUCUCGCUGUUGGCAGUUGUCCGUGCAUGGCAGAGUGACGACCACGCAGCUGGCCGACAUCCUGGUGCGCGAGGCAAGAUCAGUGGUUGAAGGAUCCCUGGGUGCGGCUGUGGCUUGGGCCGACAAGGUUGCUGCAGCUAGUGGAUCAGCUUCAGUGAAGAAUAGCCAAGCAGCUGGCACAAAGAAGGACGAGGAAUUUCAAGAAACAGCGAAACCGAAUAUCUCUGCAGCUACUCAAAUUGACAAUUCGUCGAGCAUAAGUCAGGGCAGCGGACUACACCAAGACACUACAGAAAAUGGUGCAACUGUACGCUCACAGAAUUUUAGCCCAUCAAUCUGCCCAGUUGUGUCGAUGUCUCAAGUACACCAAGCUUUCGCAUCUCAACAAGCUACACACACAAGGCAAGGGGAGGUAGAGUUACCCAGUGCGCUCUCCCCACCAAAAGAAGCAGCUGCUGUUGACUCUGAGCAUAGCACUAAAGGACAGGACAAUGCUCUUGACAUGCAGGCUUCAAUGUCAGUCCCGUGGCCAUCUUUACAGCCAGGCGGAACCAUUGCCAUUCUUGAGUUAGAAGCGCACGAUUCAGAAGACGAGGAGCGCCUCACACUAGACAAACUUUUUGGCAGUUUACCCACCGCAUCAAUGAGUUCACCGAUGGAAGUGAGACAAGCUUCUGCGAACUCACCAUCGUUGGCUAGGACUGUCGUUGAGUCAAACCUGGAUGACGCCAUUUUGUUUUGGGAGAAUAACAGCUCACCACUGUCUUCAUCGACAGUGAACUGUGUUAGCAAAGAGGUACAACCACUCCCGGGUACAACUAAUCCCCGUGCCGCUUCACCAAAGGAUGACGACUGUUGUAUUCUAAGUGGCAGUCCUAUGGCCAAUACGCAGAUGUUGAAUGGUGAAAAAGAAAAUCUACCGUCACCUUUAAAAAAUGGCACACCUUGUAAGGCAACAGACCUCUUCCCGCAAGUUAGAAUGUCUAAUAAGAAUAAUGCACAGAAAACUACUCAUGCAAGCCGCAAAACAUUGCCACUCACUGCAUUGCCUAACAGCAGAGUGUUGCGAUCGCAGACUAGGGGAUCUUGUCAGAACCAGAAGAAAAUUCAGCACGAUUCAUCACCAUGCCAGAGGGGCCUUUUAGCGAAGAGCGACUCCUUCAACUUUGGCGGCAGCUUUUUUCAGGACACUGUUGUUCCGAGGGCAAGUAAGCUCGAGAGCCCACCACCGACGCCGUUGAAGAGCAGACAAGGUGAUAAAUUAUCCAAGUUCACGAGCCAAGCCACUGCUCCUUUUCCCAGGAGAGACUCCUACAGGCUUAGCGGGAGCUUUAUCCUGGACAGCCAAACCAUCAAAGCCAUGGAUGGGGUGACACUCGCUGAAGGCAUCAUAGAGAAUGCUGCAGACGAUAUACAUGACUGCAAUGUUGCGAAUGGCACUUCAGGUGACGGUCCACUAGGCUCUGCCCAUCUGAAACCACUGCCGACAGACACCAGCUCGAUCGAAAUUUCUGGAGGCAUUUGUUCUCUAGGAAGCUCCACGCUGUCCGAGCUCUUCGGCUCACCGGGCAAUGUCGUCUUGAAGUCGGAGAACAGCAGCCCCGACAGCGAACGGAGCGGCAGGUCCUCAAAGUCUUCCAAAGGUCGCAAGAGGAGUGCUUCCGAAGGCGAGCUCUUCUCGUCGACGGAUAACAGCAGCGAUCACUCGCUGGACUCGCCGGCUGACCGAGUGCGUGAAGAGUUUGCCUGGGAGUAUGUCAAGUCUGCGCGGGACUUUAUGUGCCAGUGGAAGGAGCAGAAGGAGUUCGCAAUGGCCCUGGCUGUGAGGAGCCAUAUGGAAGUGCAGCCAUCCAUUGGGCUGACAAGAAGUACGAGAGUCAUUACAAAGUCCUCUGAGAAUCCCUUUUUCCUUGACGGCAAGUGUGCCACGGGUGUUGCUGUCUGCUGGGGGAAGUACCAGGCACAUUACUUCCAGUUAGAUGGGGCGGCACCCGCUCAGGUGGACCAGCUGUCGCACCUCCUGGCAGCUGCCAAGCGAGUGGUUGUGCCAGAUGUCUUGGAGACCCUGCGUUUUCUGGCCAGGCCAUGCGGCCUUGACCCGUCUCAACUCUGCUGGGAGGAGCCCCGACUGGCCAACUGGCUCCUGGACCCCAACCAGGGCGAGGCUACAUUUGCCAGCAUGGUGGACCAGUGGGCACCUCACCUUCAACCACUGUUGGAAGGUGUCAACAAUUCCAGUGACGUUCUGGAGGAAGCCGCUGCCAGGUUGUCUGUGCUGGUGUUGCAUCUCCAGAAGCCUCUGGUGUCGGCACUGAAGAGGGCCAACAUGUACCCCCUCUACAAAGAGCAAGAGGUGCGGCUGCUUGGUGUACUGUCCAAGAUGGAUCUCAAUGGGAUCGGCUACGACCCAGUUUGCAUGCAGCAGACAGUGGCGCAAGUGGAUGGUGCUCUGGAAGCACUCCAAAGGGAGGCCUGGGCUCUGGCAGGGCGUCAGUUUGCACUCGGCUCUUCCCGACAGGUGGACGCCACAAUGAAGUCUAAGGUGGCACCACUGGUUAAAGGCCCCUUGCUUCACGGCGCCCUAAGCAGCCGGGCGGUUCUGACCCGGCUUUCCGCGAUGCACCCGCUGCCAGCCAAGGUGCUCGACUGGAAGAAGCUGCGCGGUGUCGUCGCUCUGAACCUGCGCCCACUGAGCCUCCUCAGGCAAAGACUGCAGGCAAGUGGUGGUCGACUGUCUCGAAUCCGCCCAUGGAGCCAACCCUGGACGGCCACAGGUCGAGUGAUGGUCACUGAACCCAACCUGCAGGGCAUUUUCAAAAGCUUCACUGUUUGCACUGAGUCACCGGUCAGCAUCAGCGUUCGUGCAGCCUUCCGGCCUUUCCCAGGUGCGGUUCUGCUGACUGCCGACUAUUCCCAGUUGGAACUGCGGCUCCUUGCGCACCUCUCCCAAGAUGAGCAGCUGUGCAAGGUCUUCCAUGCUGGUGGCGACGUCUUCCGCCGCAUGGCCGCCCUCUGGAGCCGCUGUGAGGAGGCAGCCGUUAGUGCUUCACUGCGGCAGAAUACCAAACAGAUCUGCUAUGGCAUCACCUAUGGCCAAGGUGCACAUUCUCUCGCUGAGCAACUUGGAGUAGAGCACUUGGAAGCAGAGGCCAUGAUUGCCCAGUUCCGACAGGCUUUCCCAGGUGUGCAGCGCUAUGCUGACCAGCUUCUGGAGCGUGCCCGUGUCACGAAUGAAGUGCGCACACUACUGGGCAGGCGACGCCCCCUGGUGGGCCUGCACAGUGGGAGCAGCAAGGACAGGGCCAAGGCCGAGCGCCAGGUGCUGAGCACAGCUGUGCAGGGCUCGGCCGCGGACCUGCUCCGACGUGCUCUGCUCUCGCUCGACGGUGCCCUCGCACGACGCUUUCCCGACUCCAGGGGCCUGCUGCCAGAAGAGCCACCAACACAAGGUGCCUUCUUGGUCCUCCAGAUGCAUGAUGAGCUUCUGCUCGAGGUCUGUGAGGCGGACCUGGACACAGUGUCCAGCAUGGUUCGCAACGCCAUGGAGGGAGCAGCGGAGCUGUCCGUGCCUCUUGUAGUGCGGCUCCGCUCCGGACCCGACUGGGCUCAUCUGGAUGAAGUGUAGUGAGAUGAGCGAUGGAUAGCAGGUUGAACUGGCAUGUUGAAAUUAGUGUCUUCGGUGGAGACAUUCUUUGUGGCCGCUGCAACACUUGCUUUACUAUGACUGCUACUGCGGCUAGUUUCAAACGACCAAGGCUAAAAGCGUUUUCUUUUUUGUGAUCUAUGAUAAUUUAAUAUAUUUUGCAACCCCUACCACAGAAGUUAUUGGAGUGAAAAAAAUCGAAACUGUUCUAUAGCCACUGCAUCCGCCCUCAGAUGGAAAAGCGCAGCAGAUACUUCUUUGCACCAAGGAAGGAAGUAGUGCGGACACACCUUUUUUCAUAGAUUUGGCGCUCCGAAAACUUGUGUGGUCAACUGUACAUAAUGUGAAGCAUUUGUUGUGGUUGUUACACUUUCGAGGUCUCUAGAAACAUUGCUUUGUGAUAUGUUAUUGUUACUGCUGUCUGUUCUUUGACUUGGAAAACGUACAGUACAACUACCUCUCGUACUAGGUGACAUUGCAAGUGUAGUAUUGUGUGCACAGUGUGGGACGAUGGUCAUGAACACACUAGAUGCAGCAGUGUGUACACGUAAACAUGUCUAUGACCAAAGUUGGUGCCCCAACCUAUUUCGUACUGUGUGUCACCAUUGUCCUUGUUGAAAAGAACAAUGCAUGACAUCUAAGCACUUUGGCAGCAGUAGUCCUUCACUGUUUCCUGUUUCAAAUAUAUAACUCAUUGUACGACAUUAUGUCGCAGCAUAUUCGUUGGCACAAAGCAGACUGGGAACAAAACAUUCGCAGGCUACCUACCAAACGAGGUUUAUGUAGAUAAUGCUUAUAAGUACAGCCAAUCGCACUUGGUAAAUGGCACUCAUCUUGCCAUGUGUAGCUUAGUGGGUAGAGGUACUUAAAGAUUUAAAUGUACUCAUAUGUGAUGCUCAUAUCAUAGUCAUCAUGUUCUGUGUCUCCGUGUGUUCUGCACACCUUAAAAUGCCCUGCAACAAGCAUGACCAGCUAGCUGUAACCAACAUUCUGCUCAAGUCAUAUGGUGCGCAUUUAAAUAUGUUACCAAAAAUCCCACUGAUCUAUGCGACAUUCAAUUAUUUAUGCAAAUUUACAUGACGCAAUCGGCUGGGAUUGGCUGAUAAGCAACCAGGUUGCUACGUGACACGUAUUUUGAUAGGUAGCUGACAUUUAUUUAUUACGGAAGAAUGAAAUCAAAGCCAGUGUUAUAAAUUAAAAGUUUAAAAUGUCACUAAGAAGGAGCCAUAUCAGCGUAAACAUUACUUUCUUGUUCCCACUGCCCGGUUGCCACCAUAUUUGCAACCACAGGAGAUGGUUCAGUGUUUUAGCUUCUCAGUGUUACACCGAAUACGUGAGAGCUUGUUUUAUGUUCUUAAUGUUAUGUGUGCCCCAUAAAGGUUCCUACCUUUACAAGGAUCUUUCAGUGUGAUUAUAAAUGAGUUUUUGAUUUUAUUUUCCUAAUCUGCACCAUGUAUAGAAUAAAAAAUUUAAUUCUGGUGUUUUACGUGCCAGAACCAGGAUACGAUUAUGAGGCACACUGUAGUUGGGGGACUCUGGACUAACUUUGACCACCUGAGUUCCUGUGACGUGCACCAAAUGCAUGGUACAUAGGCGUUUUUGUAUUUAACCCCCAUCGAAAUGCGGCUGCGGCAACUGGGAUUCAAUCCUGUGUCCUCAGGUUUAGCAGCACAACACCACGUCGAGUCACGUAUAAAGUAAUAUUAUAGGGUUUGUUGUUAUAAUUAUAUCUCUUUAGUACUUCCUUAAAUAAAUUAUUCUUAAUUUUUUUAUGUUAUGCAUUCACCACAAAAUUUGUCUGUCUUUGCAGAUUUGAGUUUACUGCUCAUUAGACAAUUUUAUAGUCCACAUCACAUUACUUUAAUCCUGCAGUGUUUUAGCAUUACAGUAGAGCCUAGUUGAUUCAUUCCUGUUAUGUUUUGUCAGCUCUUGCAGUGUGAAGCACUGGUCACAUUUAGUUUCUGCACAGUCGUUUGUAUUAGAUUCCUAUCUGUCAUGUUUCUCUUCCAUGGUUGUUACAU